AGGCGCCGGAGCCGGUCCGCGCCGCUGUGACUCAAAGGUGAACCCGGCCCCGCGGUCCCUCCUCCCGGGAGCUUGCAGUUCCUCUGGUGUGGUAGAUAAGACGAGUACACAAAUAGCCACGAUACCAGGAAGGAGGUGAUAAGUCCUGUGAGCCACAGUGUGAGAGAGGUACCUGCGAAGGACCUGACCGGUCGAUCGCUUCCGCCUUGGCAGAAACCUGGAAGACUUCCUGGGUGAGGCGGUGCCGCACGGGGUCCUAAAGGCCAGGUGGGAUUUAGGCGAGGAGGCGGGUUGCCGAAGGGACGGUGGAGCACAGCUAGACGACCAAGGUCAAGCAGGCAGAGAGCAGCCAAGGCCUCUGUCACUGCCGUCAUGCCGUUCCCAUUUGGGAAGUCUCACAAAUCUCCUGCAGACAUCGUGAAGAACCUAAAGGAGAGCAUGGCUGUUCUGGAAAAGCAGGACAUUUCUGACAAAAAGGCAGAAAAGGCUACAGAAGAAGUUUCCAAAAACCUGGUUGCCAUGAAAGAAAUUCUUUAUGGCACAAAUGAAAAAGAGCCACAGACAGAAGCAGUGGCCCAGCUAGCUCAAGAGUUAUAUAAUAGUGGGCUCCUUAGCACCCUGGUAGCUGAUCUACAGCUCAUUGACUUUGAGGGCAAAAAAGACGUGGCUCAAAUUUUCAACAAUAUCCUCAGAAGACAAAUUGGUACAAGAACUCCUACUGUUGAAUACAUCUGCACCCAACAGAAUAUUUUGUUCAUGUUAUUGAAAGGAUAUGAAUCUCCAGAAAUAGCUCUAAAUUGUGGAAUAAUGUUAAGAGAAUGCAUCAGACACGAACCUCUGGCAAAAAUCAUUUUGUGGUCGGAACAGUUUUAUGAUUUCUUCAGAUAUGUCGAAAUGUCAACAUUUGACAUAGCUUCAGAUGCAUUUGCCACAUUCAAGGACUUGCUUACAAGACACAAGCUGCUCAGUGCGGAGUUCCUGGAACAGCACUAUGACAGGUUUUUCAGUGAAUACGAGAAGCUCCUUCAUUCAGAAAAUUAUGUGACAAAGAGACAGUCACUAAAGCUUCUCGGUGAACUACUGUUAGAUAGACACAACUUCACAAUUAUGACAAAAUACAUCAGUAAACCUGAGAACCUGAAAUUAAUGAUGAACCUUCUACGAGACAAAAGUCGCAACAUCCAAUUUGAAGCCUUUCACGUUUUUAAGGUGUUUGUGGCCAACCCCAACAAGACGCAGCCCAUCCUAGACAUCCUCCUCAAGAACCAGACCAAGCUCAUCGAGUUCCUCAGCAAGUUCCAGAACGACAGGACCGAGGACGAGCAGUUCAAUGAUGAGAAGACCUAUUUAGUUAAACAGAUCAGGGAUUUGAAGAGACCAGCUCAGCAAGAAGCCUAAUUUCCAAUAAACAUCUAAAAUAUUAAACCCAAAUUCAGCAUUUGCUGUU